UUGGUUGUUUUCGUUUGCACUUAUUUAAAUCUUACUUUAAUUGCACAAUAAUUUAGAAAAAUAUGUAUCGUUUGUUGGUUUCUGUGAUAUUACUAAUAAUUUAUAUUCAAUCGGAAUUUCCAGCUGAAGAAUGUCCAAAAAAUAAAUAUCAAUUAUCAUGUAGCUUCGUAAUCUAUUGUCGUGCAGCACACAUUUCUACAUUUCUUUAAACUUCAUUUGAAUUUCAGAUAUAAUUUAUUUUCCUCCUUGUACCCAAAAUAGGUUCAAGCAUACAAGGCCUGGACACACAGCUCAGAUACAUCUGCAUUAACAGAGUUUGACUAGAUUGGCACUAGUGGCCUUACACCUCUCCAAGGGCCUGAAGGGAUAUAUAUUUGAAAUGGAAAAUCAAGUAUUCUCAGACUUGAAGAUUGAGAACAUGCAUAUUUUGGAUGCUGCCGAAACACGAAGUCCCUGCCCGAAGUGUGGCCGAUCCCGAAAAUAUUUUUGUUACACAUGCUUUGUAGCUGUGGGCUUGCUACAAGGCCGAAUACCAUUAGUUAAGCUUCCCAUAAAAGUGGACAUCAUAAAGCACCCGAAUGAGCGGGAUGGGAAGAGUACUGCGUGUCACGCGGCUGUUCUAGCCAAUGACGACGUCACAAUAUACACGUUCCCUUGCAUCCCAGAGUAUGACAGAAAUGAGGUUAUUUUAGUUUUCCCAGGAGAAGAUGCUGUUUCCUUGGAAACACUGAUACAGGAUCAGUCUACGUGUGGCACAGAAAAUGUGAAUAGUGACUUAAAUUCCACCUCAGAAGAUGCACCAAAAAUUGCAGUUCAUAAAAAAGAUGACAGCACCAACAAUUCUAUAGAGCAUCCAUCAAUUGGUAGCAGUGAAGAGAAUCGUGUUUCAGACAGCUGUUCAAGAAAUACAGAUGUUCGAAAGAGAAAGCAUGGACUGGAUAAUGCAGACAGACAGUACAGUAGUAUAGAGAGUGAUGAGUUGGACAGAGAUGGUGCUCCGGAGGAAAGGGUGAAUGCUGAGCCUGUUGCAAAGAAAACAAAGACAAAACCAAUGCCGACAUUCUCAAAAGUCGUGUUUAUCGACUCCACGUGGAAGCAGUCAAAGACCAUUUUUCAGGAUGAACGUUUGACAGAUCUGCGACGUGUUGAAUUAAAGAGACACAAGACAAAUUUCUGGCGAUCACAAGACAGCCGUCCAGACACUUAUCUAUCGACAAUCGAGGCAGUGUACUACUUUCUGUGUGACUACCAUCGACUGUUCGUAGAGGAGGAAUACGACGGCCAGUACGAUAACUUACUGUUCUUCUUCACCUACAUGUGCAACAAAAUAAAGUUCUCCAACCCAAAGGGAAAAUUUAAAUAAAUAUUACUUAUG